AUGUCGGUCGACUUUGGCUGGCGUCGUUUCAAUUUUUUCGAUAAAAAUAUCGUACAGGAUCCAGAAAAUCCGGAUGAGAAGUUUCUGGGCCUGAAGGAUGUUUGUGUAGAUUGUUGGUGUAGUAACAUCAGCGGAGAAGCGGCAUAUCUUGGAGAACAAAGAGGAGGAGUAUUCCGAUUGGGCAGAGAUCUUAAUGAAAACUACUGGAAAGCAUAUCAAACGUCCCUUACUGCUCUACAUGUUGCAGAUGACUUCAUAUUUUCUAUCGGAGAAGACGAAGAAGGAGUCAAUUCAUUGCUGAAGAUUUGGAAGGGUGACUGUUUCGAGAAGGGAGUGCCAGCUCUUUGUAGGGAGGUUCGUAUCAGUACCAUUCAUCCUUCUUCCCAUUACUCUGUUACUGCCUGUGCUGUUGCGGUGCACUCGUCUCUUUCUGCAAUUGCCAUAGGCUUUGUCGACGGUACUGUAUUACUCUAUCAGGGCACCGUUAUCAAAGAUAAGGCCUUAACUUCGCGUUGGCAACGUAUUCGUGAUCCGUUGCCUUUAGAUGGAACGGUGUCUGGGCUUGCUCUGGCGCAAUUACCAGGAGAAAAAUUGGUCGUCUUUGUGAUCACGACAAAAGUUGUCAACUCAUAUGUCAUUGAGAACAAAACUGUGAUAAAUUCGCUGAAACAUGAUUCGAAUGGCACCUCUAAGGACUGCUGGACGUUUGAUGAGAGAACUGGUUCUCUAGUUGUAGCUAGUCGUGAUAUGGUCUACUUCUAUGAGGCCGAUCAAUGCCUUGAUGCUGAUGGCUACCGUGGGCGCUGCCUUCAGUUAGGCCGAAGUCAUGAAAAGCUGCAGCUGAUUUCCAUAGGAGAUCACCUAGUACUGGUUACAAAGCAGCACGCUUUGAUCCCUGAUGAAACUGAGUACAUGUCAAUGGUCACUGUCUACAAUGUCAAAGGUCAAUACAUCGGAUUUUCGUGUUCGGUACCAUCGUUGUGUAGGUUGUUCACGGUUGAUCAGUCGCUGAUGAUAUUGGGGAAGGACGGAACGCUGUCAAAACUAACGGAGAAGAGCCUUAAUGCUAAGUUGGACAUUCUUUUCAAGAAGAACCUUUACGAUGUAGCAAUCAUCUUAGCCAAGAAUAACAAGGACGGCGCUGAGCACUUGAAAGCCAUCCAUGCAAAGUAUGGGGAUUAUCUCUACGGGAAGGCAGACUUCGAUGGCGCGAUCAACGAAUAUAAAGAGACGAUUGGUAUGCUGGAGCCAUCCUACGUCAUUAAACGGUACCUGGAAGGAUCCCGACUGAGGCAGCUGUGUGUGUACAUGGAAGCCUUGCAUGAGACCAAUCGUUACAAUUUACAUCACACGAGCAUCCUCCUGCACUGCUAUGCACAACUAGAGGAACGCGAGAAAAUGAUGAAGUUCCUGGAGAAGAUUUCCAAGGACCGCAAGACGGAUAUGGCUGCGGUGUUCGAUGUGAGAAACCUACUUUCGUGGAUUUGUUACUAUUUUACUUUUUUAGCACUGAAACCUGCUUCCAUGACGGAUGACGAGUGCUGCAAGCAGCUAAUCCCGUUUAUUGAAGAUGGCAAUAUUUCCCGUGCUCUUAAUAUGGCACGCCUCUUUCAUUGUGCUCCUGUCAUGCAGCACAUUCUACAGAAACUUGGGAGGAAAAAAGAAUUGCUACAGUACUAUCUCGAAGGCAACAAGCUCUCCGAAGCGAUAGAUUUGUGUAACACUGAAAAGUAUGUUUCUUUUGUUGGUUGCUGGCAUGGCGUGCUUUUUCGUGAAUUGAGUUAUGAAUCGAUUUCACGUUGUUUUUACAGGAUUGAGGCCAACGGAACCCUUCAACCUCUGGUAGUGUUGGAAAUUCUGUCGCGCAGCAGCACUUUAAAAGUGGCAGCAGUUAAGGAUUAUGUGAUUAGAUGGCUCGAUGCGCAGAGGAAGCAGAUAGAAGCAGAUCGGAAGGCGAUUGCAGAUGGUGAACGUCGAGUAGAAGAAAUCGACAAGCAGAUGGAAUCUCUCAAGUUUAAUGUCCAAGUACUGCAGGUGAACAAGUGUAGUGCUUGUGACACCGCUCUUCAGCUGCCUGCAGUGCACUUCCUCUGCCGACACAGUUACCACGUGCAUUGCUUCGAAUCCUAUAGUGAUAGACCCGACGUGUGUCCAGCCUGCGUGGGACCGAUGGCUAGAGAAAGCAUAAGCGACAAGGCUGCAUAUCAAAUGUUUCAUAAAGAGGUUUGUCUUUGA